UUAUUCAUCCAUCUUCCUCAGUACGCUUCUUUACUGUUCAUAACGUUUCCAUUGUUGAGACUUGAGAGUGCCAAUUUCAAAACGGAGACUGAUGAAAUUGAGAAGAUGAAGAUGAGAGCGAAAGCGAUUCUGGUUAGGUCUUCUCCCAACUCUCUCGAUCCCUAUCCAUCUCUCCCUUCGCUUCCGGAUGAUGAAGCUAAUGAUUUGAGCACCACACAGUGUGAUACCGAUGUUGAUAUUGUUCCAGAUACUUUUGUUGAAAGAGAUGUGCCACCCAAGAAGCGUCAUUGUCUUGGUACAAAUGAGAAUACUAAUAGAGGAGUAUCGCUAGAGCCGCUGCUGAACUUAGAUGCUUGUAUUGUAUGUGAAGUUGCAGACGAGCGGGUAUCCCGUUGUUGCGGGAUCGACUGUCUUCUUUCGUUUCAUGGGGAGUGUUUGUAUGCUGAUUUGGGGGAUAAUAGUGAGGAUCUUGCAAAUCCAUUUUGUCCUUAUUGCUGGCUCAAGAUUCUAACACUUAAAUCCAAAACAUUGAGGGAAAAGGCGGUUAACGCAGAAAAGGCAGUCUUCAUGUAUCUAGAUAAAGAGCUGAAAAGCAGGGGUGAGGAUAGAACAUUAUCUGGUAGUGAAAAUGGAAAUCGAGAGCAUUCAGUGGACAGUACAGACAUUGUAAGUAAUCAAGAGUUACAAGGAGAGAAGGAUGGCUGUUCAUCAAAAGAGGAACAAGUGCAAGUUGAGAAGGAUUUUGAUAUAUCAAGAGGUGAGAACAUAUCAUUAAUCGAGGAAACUGAUCAACCGGAAGAGAAUCAAGGGAAAGUGGGUACUGAUAAAGUGAUAGACGAGAUUGGAGCAUCAGAGCGCGAAGAGAGAAUAGCUUCAGAGAAGUUUCAAGAUGCUGAGGAUGAAAAUAAUGACGAAACAGCUAAAGAUCAAACUAGAGUCAGAACAGGUGCAGGGAAAAGAGGAUAUGUUUCAACGUUUUUGUCUAUGCAAGAAUCAUUUUCAGGAAAAGAACAGGACCAGCACCAACAGAAUGAUAAGCAAAGAAGAAGAAGAGGGAUAGAGUUGAAUACUAUUGAUAGUGAAAGUGAUACUUCAUCAAAGGGAUCUAGUAACGAACGAAAUGGAGAAGAUGUAACUGAGCAGGUUACUUUAUCGGCUCCAGUAACCUCCCCGUCAGGGAAAGUAUAUAACCAGCAGGCAACAACCAGAUUUGUGGCUAAGUCAAAGACAGUGAGGGACAUUUCUUUCUUUAAUAAGGAUCAGAGAAGGAGGCUAUUGUGGACAUUCGAAGAAGAAGAGAUGCUAAAGGUGGGAGUGGAGAAAUUUGCAGCAGAAGCAAACAAAAACAUGCCAUGGAGGAAAAUUCUGGAAAUGGGAGAGAAGGUGUUCCAUGAAACACGUACACCAUCUGAUCUCAAAGACAAAUGGAGGAACAUGGUCGGCGCAAGAUUAGGACAAAAAAAGGACAAGACAGCACACUAAUCCCUACUGCUAUGCAAUCAAUCAAUAGUUAGUGUGACUUAUUUUGGAGAUGAAGCUAGACUUGGUGAAGUAAUGUUGAAACUGAGCUGUAUAAUGGACUAAAAAGUUCUCUACAAGAACUGGCUUCUACUUUUUGUGCAUCUUUAGAGUUUAGAUUUUCAGUAUAUGUAUAUGGCUCGAAAUUCGAACG